UUAAAAUUUUUUAAAAUGCAAUUAUUGGCCUAUGAUGAUUUGCUUAAGAGUUAAGAUAGCCGGACACUUUCUGCUUUCCCUUCUGUCAGUUUUUCAUCAACAGGUUUGCCUCUUACCAGAACAUCAAUGGAUGUUAGUGUAAAGAGAUGGAGCAUGAUACGCCCUGCUCAAGAUACUCCUAAAGAAAGGCAAUGGAUUUCAAAUCUGGACGUGGUGAUGACAACGUACCAUCUCCCUUUGCUGUUUUUCUACAAACCAAAUGGCGCCUCUGAUUUCUUUAAGCCUCAAGUGCUACAGGAGGCUUUAAGCAAGACUCUUGUGCAAUUCUAUCCUAUGGCUGGGAGGUUGGGACGUGAUGAAAAUGGUAGGCUCGAGAUAUUAUGCAACGCAGAGGGUGUUCUGUGGAUAGAAGCUGAAACUACGUCGGCCAUGGAUGAUCUUGACGGUUUUACUCCCUGCUCAAAACUGAGGAAACUGGUUCCCACGGCUGAUUACUCUGGAGAUAUUAGUACUUAUCCGCUUAUUAUGGCUCAGGUUACUACUCUUAAAUGCGGUGGAGUCUGUCUUGGAAUAGCAACUCAUCAUACUUUGACUGAUGGCACAACGGCCUUUCAUUUCAUCAAUAGUUGGUCUGAAAUGGCAAGAGGCUUGCCCCAAAUUAGCAUGCCACCACUUAUUGACCGAACCCUUCUCCGAGCAAGAGUGCCCCCAACCCCAAGAUUUCAUCAUCUCGAAUAUGACCCACCUCCUUCCUUAAACACCUCUACGUCACUUGGCCCUAAUAACCAUAAACCCUCCACUGUAUCUGUUUUCAAGAUCACACAAAAUCAACUUAAUACCCUAAAAGCCAAGUCCCGGGAACAUGGAAACAAAACCAAUUACAGCACCUACACCAUUCUAGCUGCAUACAUAUGGCGCUGUGCAACUAAAGCUCGAGGCCUCUCAUAUGACCAACCAACCAAGUUAAACAUGCCAACUAAUGGACGCCCGAGACUACAUCCUCCCCUCCCAUCAACGUACGUGGGCAACACAGUGUUUACGGCUUCAUUAAUUGCUCUAUCUGGACAUCUCCAAUCAGAACCGUUUGUAAAUACCCUAGAGCGAGUUCAUGGAACAUUGAAAAGGAUGAAUAAUGAGUAUCUAAGAUCAGCUGUUGACUACCUAGAAACACUGCCAGAUAUAACAGUUGCCAGGAGAGAACCAGACAUUUACCAGUGCCCAAACCUAAGGAUCAACAAAUGGACACGACUGUCUAUAUAUGAUGCAGAUUUUGGUUGGGGUCGACCAAUACACAUGGGUCCAGCACACGUUGUCCAUGAAGGAAAAAUAUACAUACUAUCAAGUCCAACCGAUGAUGGGAGCUUGUCACUGGUAGCAUGCCUACAGACUGCUCAUAUGAAACUCUUCGAGAAACAUCUAUACGAAGGCUUGAAGUCAUUUGACAAAAUCAAAGCUCGAUAUUAGUUGUUUGUUCCCUCUAUCAGUAUAUGUAUAAACCUAUAAACCUUCUACUUCUGUUCCUUUAGCUAAAACUUUGUUUGAAUCCUGAUUAUUUGAAAUUUACCAUCUAAGCUAUGGGUUUUUUAUUGGUAA